AUGGAGGUGUCGGAAGACGGGCAGAGGGGUUUGCACCGCUUAGCGGAUCCGGCCCGGUUUGGCCCAAAGGCCUUCAGCGCUGUUCUCCGGGGGGCCCUCCAAAGCCUGGUCCGGGGCCCCGCCGCCCACUGCGCUCUAGAUGACACAGAGCUCCGACAUAUUGCCCCAUCUGUAGUAAAAGAAUGUCACUCCGCAGUGGCUGCGUGUGUCCUGGAGGCUGUGAAGCACAAUGUAGACAGAGCAGCCCUCAGCACCUUCCUGGAGGACUGCAAGUUCGAUAAAGAAAAGGCAGAAGAGUUUUGGACUGAAUAUCAGAAACACAAGGAACCUCUGGAGAUCCUCCUAGGAAAUAUAGGCAGAUGUCCCCCACACGUGUCAGAUGUGUCCUGGCGUCUCGCAUAUGAGAUAAAGACCAAUCAGCUGCACAAAACCUACCGGCCUUCCUAUUUUGUGAAUUUCAGUUUAGAGACUUUGGAUCCCAACCAGGCCCAAGAUGUUAGUUUUAAUUGCUCAAUGGAACAACUGCAGGAUUUAGUAGGAAAACUUAAAGAUGCAGCUAAAAGUCUGGAGAGGACCUCUCAGAUGUGA